AUGACAUCGAUUAAUACGAUAAGUCAAACUGUAAAACAUGGCCUCCGUUAUGCUGCCUCUUGGCCAGGAACACCAUCGUUGAUUUUACAUAAAUUUUUUUGGACAAUUGUCAUGUGUGGACUUCAAAUUUAUCAGUACGGCUACGUGAUCAGGCAUUAUAAAUAUAACACUCUUGUGGAUACAGUAGAUAAUUUGAGCAUUUGCAUGCCAUUCACUUUAGUGUGCAUCAAAUUAUUUGUUGCUUGGACACAUCGCGGUCUACUUUACGACAUUAUCUCGACCAUGGAAGAAGACUGUAAAAAGUACGCUGUUCUUGAUACAAAAAAUUUAAUAUCAAAAACAGCACAUCUAUCUUUUCGAUUAACCAAUAUAGUGAUAUGUAUCUGUGUAUCAUCCACGGCAUGUUAUGCAAUUGGAGUUUUGGCGCCACAAAGGACUAAUAUAACAGCACCUCGAGAACUUUUGAUAAAAAUGGACUUGCCAUUUAAUACGAACAAUUCGCCUAUUUACGAGCUGGUAAUAGUUUUACAAUACCUAUGCAAAGUAUCGACAGCUUUUACGUUUGGUGUAUUCAGCAGUCUGCUUUUGAUGAUGGUGCUUCAUCUAGGUUGUCAAAUCGAUAUUAUGUGCCAGACAUUAAAGGAGGUUCCUUAUAAGAAUAAAACUCAACUGAGAUUCUUCAUCAGCAGACAUCAACAGAUCAUCAUAUUUGCAGAGAGAAUAGAAAAACUGUUUACGUAUCUAGCACUUAGUCAACUUCUCUCGAAUACCCUAAUUACUUGCUGCGUGGGUUAUAUUAUCGCAUUUGCACUACAAAAUAAUAAUGGAUUUAAAAUGUUGAUCAAAUUUGUUGUAUAUUACAUGGCUGUGUGCUCAGAAGCGUUCAUAUACUGCUUUGCUGGAGAGUACCUUAAUAUCAAGGUCGUUAAACAGAGUAAACUGAUUGGAGACACGGCGUAUGAAUUUCUUUGGUAUAAUAUGCAUUCGAAGGAAAGCCGACUUAUGUUGCUUGUAAUACUACGAUCACAGAAAGGAUUUACUUUCACUUUUGGAAAAUUUGCAAGUCUUUCCAUGGAAAGUUUUGCAGGCAUUAUGAAAGCUUCUGCAUCGUAUAUAUCCGUAUUGCUCGCAAUGAGUUGA